GUAGGAAAAAUUAUUGGAGUCUCAGCGUUUGACACCCGAAAACGUCAUCAGAAUUAAAUGAAAAGGGUGGAGUUCAGAAAUAAUUCUAAAUUUUACUCGGUUUUUCUUGUAAAAAUUUAUUAUGGCAUUGUCACCCAUUCUACGAGGAUAUCAGAUCAAGACAAUUUUUAGAACUACAAAGUGCACCUUCAUGAUGUCUUCAGUUCGUGCUCGCUCAGAAAAGGUUAUGGCACAAUUGAAAGAAAAAAACCCGUAUUUUGAGAAAUACAGUAAAAAAAUUGCAGCAGUUCAACAAGAAUCGCCUGAAGAAUUUCUAAGUCGGUUAGAAAAGGUAGAAAAAGAUAACAAAAAACCGAAAUUCGGACCUUCUCUAGAAGGCCGUGAUUAUUCAGAGUUAUUGACGCCUAAACCUUCUUCUUCUGAAAGUAACCUAAACCAAACUGAAAAGAAAUUAUCAGAUAUUCUUAAGCUAGAGCUGCUUGAAGAUAAAAGUGCUGAAGAGAUUAAACAUAUUUGGUUGGAAUACCACAAAACAAAAGAUUGUAUCAGUGCAAUUUUGGAAGUUAAUCAAUAUGAACAACUGAUGAAUACUGCAAAAAAAUAUCCAAUUUUCGUAUUUCCAAUUCCUAGAAAUCAGGGUUAUGAAUUCAUGAUGUUUCAGUUCGCGGAAAAUACAAUUCAUUUUACACCAUUGCUUUGUUAUCAAGUACACAAAGAAAAUGCUCCAGAAUGUUUAAGUGUAACACAUUACACUGAUUUCAAAGAAAAGGGAAUAAUACUGAUGCGUGGUGAAUUCGAUUCAAAAGUGUUGUCUCCGCAAGAGGCUCAAUGUUUAGUAAACCAGCUGCAAUUAUACUAUUGUAAAAAUGAUUCAAAUAAGGCUAAACUGCUUCAAACUUUUACAAAUACUCCGGACAAAUUUGAUCAUAUGGAUAUUAUAAAAGAGCUAGAAAACAUUAAACUUGAAUAAGAAAAUAUAUUUAUUAUGUGUUU